GGCUAAUUAUUGGGAGGUUCAUGUGGAUAAAGUACAGCUCAUCCCUCCCUUCACAUCAUGUCCCCUACUCGUUGGCCACACUCACUGCAUGCUUUUUAAAUUCCCAUCACCGGCCUCCAGACGUCGUUUCCUUCUGCCUGCGGGAUGAUGGACAGCAGGAUACUGGAUCCACCUCACGCCCAGUUCGGAGGCUCUCUCGGCGGGAUGGUGGGCUUCCCGUACCAUCUGAGCCACCAUCACGUUUACGAAUUAGCCGGGCAUCAACUUCAAUCUGCGUCCGCGGUUCCUUUCUCAAUAGACGGAUUACUCAAUGGUUCCUGCACGGCUUCGGUGGGUAAUUCCAACCCCCUCUUGUCUUCGGGCUGCGGGAUGAAUGGAGAUAAUCAGCAGUACAAACUGACAGACUCGGUGGACCCAGACAAAGAUAGCCCUGGUUGCAAGAGACGAAGAACUCGCACAAAUUUCACUGGUUGGCAGCUGGAGGAAUUAGAAAAGGCUUUUAAUGAGAGCCACUAUCCCGACGUGUUCAUGAGGGAGGCACUGGCUCUCCGAUUGGACUUGAUAGAAUCAAGGGUUCAGGUAUGGUUUCAGAAUCGCAGAGCCAAGUGGAGGAAAAAGGAAAACACAAAGAAAGGUCCAGGUCGACCUGCUCACAACGCCCACCCCACCACCUGCAGCGGAGAGCCCAUGGACCCGGAGGAGAUCGCCCGGAGAGAGCUGGACAGGCUGGAGAAGAAGAAGCGGAAGCAGGAGCGGCGGCUGCUCAAGUCCCAGAACAAGCUCUUGUCUGGGGAUUUAUUUCACACCCCGGGAUCAGACAGCGACAGCGGAGUGUCGCAUGUCACCGACAGUGACCACACCACAGGCCCGCCUUUUGACUCUGUCGGGGGAAGCCAAACGCCGUCGAGCUGCGACCAAACACCUCACCCUCUCCAAACCCAAAACCAGAACCAAAGACACUUGGACCUGGAUGCUGGCGGAUCCGAGCUGGACUCGCCCGACGCCAGCCACCGGUCAAGCCUGUGCUCCAACAAUAACAGAGCGUCCAGCCUGCAGAAACUCAACCCUUUCAGCGUCGAAAGCCUCCUUUCGGACUCCAGACCGAGACGCAACCCCGCGGCCUUACCGUCCUCACGGCCUUUGAUAGGGAAAGGACACUUCCUGCUCUAUCCCAUCACACAGCCGCUUGGAUUCAUUGUUCCUCAAACUGCUCUGAAGACAACAACAACAGCAGCAGCAGCAGCAGCAGCAACAAACUCUGACAGUGACACACCGGCGGAGAGAAACCAGCUCAGUGGCCGCUGCAGCGUCUCUGCGAGCUCUGCGGGAUGUAGGAGCAGCUCGCCGGACUCUGCAGACGCCACACAAAAAGGACAGGUGGGAUCAGAGGACAAGACCAGUUCACCGCACACCAGCCCGUCCAGGGCCGCCUUUUCCACUGGCAAAAGUACUCAGACCUCUGUUAUUUGCAGCGAUUCGACUUUCGCCCACGAACACAGUCCACAACUCAUUAAGUCUGUCGAUGCAGACAGAAACGAGCAUUUAGAGAGCAAGGACCACCCCGACCACCCCGAGUCUGUCCUCAGUGACAGUCCAGCAGAAACAAAGACAGACUCUAAAGAAGAUGUCGACAUGGAAUAAAUCCCUGGGGGUAAAAAAAAAUGCAGAAACAUACUGAUAUAGCCUCUAAACGACACCUUUCAUUAGGCCAAAGCUUAACCAGAAACUACAUCUUUGCAUCUAAUCUCUAGGUUUUUCCCCUUUGCUGAUAUUUUUUGACAAUGGUGUGCUCUAUCUCUCUCUCUCUCUUUCUCUCUCACUCUCUCUCUUCUCUCUCUCUCUCUGUCUCUCUCUCUCUGCGAGUGUGUAUGUGUGUGUGAGUCAGGAGUCUCUAGAUAUCCUUUAAUGUGUGAUAACUUGUCAAAAAAACAAACAAAAACACACACACACACACACACACACACACACACACACACAAGACCACCAGACCAACAAAAAUCCUCAAGAGCUGUAAAAAGGUAUUAUACUAUUUAUAUAUGUAAGGUUUUUCUUAAAUAAAUCUAUUGUA